CUCACCUUCAUAUUUUGACUCAAGAAGCAUUAGAUCACGCAGACCUAACCGUUCUUACAGGCACAAUAGGUGCUUCAGCACUUUUAAAGAAUUGUUUAUGGUUUUAUAUUAAAAUAAUCAAGGAGGAUAAGCAAUGCCGUAUCGAAGAGUUACAAAGUAGCUACAAGAAAUAUCAUGAAAUGUGUGAAGCUUUAGCGGAACGUUUACUGGAUCUGCACUGUAGACUUUUAUCUCUGUAUAUUUUGCAAGAUGCAGAAUGUUUGGACUGGGAAAGUGAGAAACCGUUUUUUGAAUCAGAAAGAGGAUCUUAUAUAAUACAAAUGUGGUGGUUAUAUAUGCAAGGUACAAAGGACGAUCUAUGGAAUACAGUACCGCCGAAAAUGGCUCAAAGAGUAUUCGCAGGAAUGUUAAAUGAAUCAUUGACUAUUUUGACUGUUAGAUACACUCAGAGCGUACCUUCUGAAAUAAGAAGUCAGCUUAUAGUGGUAGAUAUAAGCAAUUUAUUGGUGUGUGUUGCAAAUCUUCUUCCAGCUAUAUGUAACAAUGCCAAAGAUCUCAUUGGAGUCUCGUACAGUUCCAGUAGUAAAAUAUUAAGGGACAUUCACACUAAAUGUCAAGAACUAUACACUUGUUUAUUAUUGAGAGGAGCACCAAUUGAUCUUCUACAUAAGGUGUUCCGAAGGGGUUUAGACGUAGUAGAAAUGUUUAAAUCAAGAUCUGCUGGAGUUGCUCCAUGGAUAACAUUCGCUUUACCAAAUUUGUUUGACGACAAGCUAAAACCAGGUUCUAAAACAAAUAAUAAUCCAGAUACAGAUAUUGCAUUGGAGCUUGUGGUAAUGUUAGCUCAGCCACAACCAAACUGGGCUUUAUUAUUAAAAAUUUUAUGCAUGAAUAAAUACAGAAUCCUCCAGUUAACGCUUAAAGCCACAACAAGUCAAUUUAAGGAUAAAAUGGAAAAACCAGUGUGCAAAAAUACAAAGUGUACAGCUUUCCUAUGUAAUGAAGAAGGAUCCUGCAAAGAUGACAAUACAUCAUCUACAUAUCUUCAACAAAUACAUUAUUACAACAUUAUUCUCUCAUCUACCGAGAUCUUGUUGUUUGUCGGAAAUAAACAAGAAUUAAUGGAUAUUUUAUUACCGGUAAUCAUACUGCAGCCUGAUUGGUCCAACAGUCUGGAAAGGAGACAUGUGUGGAACCAAAUACGACCACCGUGGUACGAGGCUAUUUUAAAUUUUGCCUCGCCAAUUAUACCGCUCGCCACAGAUACCGUUAUAAACGCCAUUCAAACUGGAGCAACUAUGUAUCAAGCAAUGUCCCUCAUUUUGGCGUGCUUUAGUCAUUUCUGGGAUUGCGUGAAUCCUGCUCUCUACAGAAUAUCCUCUAUAUUACAAGAGUCGAUACUGACGGAUAUUGUUCCACUGAACAACUCGACUUUAAUACAAAUUCUGGUCUGCGCUUUAUACAGCCAUUUGCUAAAGAAAUCACAAGAGGUUAAAAAAGAAGUACGAAUAGAUGAAAACACAGAAGCAACAAAUUCUAGACAACAAUCUGUUGUGAGCGUAGGUACAGACAACGCAAACAGUUCUCCCGAAGCUAUAGCCCUAGCUACAGCUGAAUGUUUAUGUAGCAUAGAUGAAGAUAAUAAACAUACUAAUCAAAUUGAAGAAUUCUUGGAGCAGAUUAAAUACAACAGUAAAGUUACGGAAGGGGAAGGAAGUAUAUCUACUAGGUUGGAAGCUAACCAACAUCUUGCGGAAGUAGUGGUCAGUGAAAUUUUGGGUGCACCCACUGGUAGAAAUAGUUUAAAGACAAUAUAUUGGUUUAUCAAAUGUAAUGCAGAUUAUUUUUACAAACAGUUGGGUGUAAGUACAGAACCAGAAGAAAUAGAACCAAUAAGAGCUCUCGUCAAGCCAAUUUCGCUAUUACACACAAUGUUUAAUAUUGGAUCACAAUCAUUUGAUCAGCUCUUAUCUGGAAACUGGCAUCCAAAUUGGUUAAGUCUUCUACAAAAUGCGAGAGGUCUUAGUGCAGAUAGAGUCUGGAAACAGUUAUCGCUUAGAUGGGAGUUCAGAAAUUGUAAUGCUACUACCAUUCCCCCUCACAUAUCCCAAAUGAUUAGUAAUAUUACCGCUACAUUUAAGCAAUAACAAAGAAAAUAAUGUGAAAAGAUCAUAAGAAAAUCAAAUAAAUAAUGUCAAAUGU